AUGCCUGGGGGCCCGGGCGCGCCCUCCUCUCCCGCAGCAUCCGCAGGUUCCUUCCGGGACGCGCCGUCGGGGAUCGCGGCAUGCCCGCCGCCUCCGCUCCCCCUGGCCCGGAGGUCUCCACCGGCCUCCGGUCCCCGACGCGGCGCCAGUGUCCCGCAGAAGCUGGCGGAGACUCUGAGCAGCCAGUACGGGCUGAACGUGUUCGUGGCGGGGCUGCUGUUCCUGCUGGCCUGGGCGGUGCACGCGGCGGGUGUGGGCAAGAGCGACCUGCUGUGCGUGCUGACCGCGCUCAUGCUCCUGCAGCUGCUCUGGAUGCUGUGGUACGUGGGCCGCAGCUACGUGCAGCGCCGCCUCAUCCGCCCCAAGGACACGCACGCGGGCGCGCGCUGGCUCCGUGGAAGCAUCACAUUGUUCGCAUUCAUCACCGUCAUCCUGGGAUGCUUGAAAGUCGCAUACUUCAUUGGAUUUUCCGCGUGCUUGUCAGCCACAGAGGGCGUUUUCCCGGUCACCCAUGCAGUGCAUACGCUGUUGCAGGUCUAUUUUCUCUGGGGCCAUGCUAAGGAUAUUAUCCUGUCUUUCAAAACCUUGGAAAGGUUCGGGGUGAUCCACUCGGUGUUCACGAACCUGCUGCUGUGGGCCAACAGCGUCCUGAAUGAAUCAAAGCACCAACUGAAUGAGCACAAGGAACGGCUUAUCACGCUGGGCUUUGGCAACAUCACCAUCGUUUUGGAUGACCACACACCACAGUGUAACUGCACACCACCUGCCCUCUGCUCUGCCCUCUCCCACGGAAUCUACUAUCUGUACCCCUUCAACAUCGAGUACCAGAUCCUGGCCUCUACCAUGCUCUACGUGCUGUGGAAGAACAUUGGGCGCAGGGUGGACAACUCCCGGCACCAGAAGAUGCAGUGUAGAUUCGAUGGGGUCCUGGUGGGCUCGGUGCUGGGCCUGACAGUACUGGCUGCCACCAUCACGGUGGUUGUGGUGUAUAUGAUCCACAUUGGGCGCUCCAAGUCCAAGAGCGAGUCGGCACUCAUCUUGUUCUAUUUGUAUGCUAUCACCGUGCUGCUGCUCAUGGGGGCCGCUGGGUUGGUAGGAACCUGGAUUUACAGGGUGGAUGAGAAAUCCCUGGACGAGUCCAAGAACCCUGCACGCAAGCUGGAUGCCGACCUCUUGGUGGCCACAGCCUCGGGCUCAUGGCUUCUUUCCUGGGGCUCCAUUCUGGCCAUCGCCUGUGCUGAGACCCGCCCGCCGUACACCUGGUACAAUCUGCCCUACUCUGUCCUGGUGAUUGUGGAGAAGUAUGUCCAGAACCUUUUCAUCAUCGAGUCGGUGCACCGCGAGCCUGAGGGGGUCCCCGAGGAUGUGCGCACUCUGCGCGUGGUCACCGUCUGCAGUGGUGAAGCCGCUGCACUGGCUGCAUCCAGUCUCGGGAGCCAGGCGUUGGCUCCGGAUGGGUCAUCUGCCGUCAAUGGGAAUCUGUGUCCGCAGCAGGGAUGCGGUAAAGAGGACCAGGAGGCUGUCUGGGAAGGGGCUGCGGGCACAGUCCGCUGUCCGGACUUCCUGCAGGGCGGAGUCAAGAGGAGUCUCCUCAGAAACAUCACAGCCUUUCUGUUCCUUUGCAAUAUCUCGCUUUGGAUCCCCCCCGCCUUUGGCUGCCGCCCUGAGUAUGACAACGGAUUGGAGGAAAUCGUCUUUGGCUUUGAACCCUGGAUUAUUGUGGUCAACCUGGCCAUGCCCUUCUCCAUUUUCUACCGGAUGCACGCAGCUGCUGCUCUCUUUGAGGUCUAUUGUAAGAUCUAG